AUGCCAACUAUAGAGGACUACCUUCCAACAGUCGAGGACGUCUUUGACGACGAGACCGACCUCCCGCUCCCCUCAAGCUCGCGCGCCCUUCCCAACACGGGGAUGAAGGGUGCGCUGCUCGAGGAGAUCAACGAUGACAACGAGCUCGACCUGGGCCUGAUCCAGGAGCAGGGACGCGGCGAGUACGGUGCGAAUGCGCGCGCGCCACCCCCGUCUAGCCCGAGUAAGGGCAAGGAGCCGGAGACGGCUGCCGAUGUCCAGCGUCCACAGCAGCCGCAGAUGGACCCCAACACGCCGAUGGGCGGGUUUAUGGGCGACAUGAUGAAGCUACAGGAGGUUGAGGAGGAGCGGAUUGAGAAGCUGCGCCGUACGUUUGGGAGUACCAAGAUCGCAAAGGAUCCGAGCGUGUACAAGAUGUGGAACUCGGUCUACCCGCGCUACUUUGACGCCAAGGUAUCGGUCGCCGACGGGCGUCGUGUACCGCGCAAGAGCGCACUCUGGUGGCCGCAGGCGACUCACAUCGCCCAGGCGUGUGCGUCGCUUGGUCUUCCCUCCGUCCUCGAGCCCGAGAAGACACACCCCGCCGACUGGGAGAACCCGGGCCGCGUCAAGGUUCAGCUUGAGCGUGAUGGGCGCCUGAUCAACCCGAUCGUGAAGAACCGCACUCAGCUCUACGCGCAGCUCGCACGGCAGAUGCAGAACGCCAACCCCAAGCUCGUGCCGGCCGAGGCGGAGAUGAAGCCGCGGAACGGGCCCAAGCCCAAGGAGAACGGCAGCAAGAAGAAGGGCAAGGGCAAGGCCGUCAGGGUUGUCGCGCCGUUCGCGACGCGGCCGCCCGCCGCCCCUCUCCCUCUGCCCAGAAUGGACGAGCGGCUGCCGGUCCACUCGCCAACCGCGGCCACGGGCGUCGCUGUCAGCUCUGUAAAGCGCGACCUCGAGGCAGAGAAGGAGGCGAAGAAGAAGGGUAUCGCGCCUCCCGAGGAGGGUGCCAAGGCGCCUAAGAUGAAGCGCAUCAUGGUGCGUGGGAAGCGGUAG